CAAAGAUGGCAUGUCAGUUAUACGGACAGAACACCCUCUGCUAAUUUGCUGUUCUCGCUGAUUCAUUCCCUUCCCGGUCCUCUCCACCGUUCUCCGAAUAAAGGGAAAUAAAUCCUGCUCUCACGCCACUCGCUCCAUCGUCAACCUCAUUCCCUCCGUCUAUAUAAACCCAUCAACCCGUUGUUUGCUUCACAUGUCACGCACUGCACAGACGUCUCAGAGAGAGAGAGACAGAGAGGGAGGGAGGACAUGAAAAUGGCUUCUAAUGGUGUUCGUGCGGUGAGAGGUUUCUGGGUCGUGUUUCUUGUGUUGUUGAGGUUGAGCUGCUCGGCGGGACAGAUGGUGCCCGCGCUUUUCGUGUUCGGGGACUCGCUCGUGGACGUGGGCAACAACGACUACUUGCCGAUCUCGAUAGCGAGAGCCAACUUCCCGCCCUACGGCGUGGAUUUCCCCACCAAAAAGCCCACCGGAAGGUUCAGCAACGGCAAGAACGCCGCGGAUUUUAUCGCUGAGAAGUUGGGCUUGCCGACGUCGCCGCCGUAUCUGGCCCUCAUCUCCAACUCCAGCGAGAGCAAUUCUUCAUCGCCCUUCCUGACCGGCGUCAGCUUCGCCUCCGCAGGUGCUGGCAUCUUUGAUGGCACUGAUGAGAUACUUCAUCAAUCGAUACCUUUGACCAAGCAAGUGGAAUACUACCUCGCGGUGCACCAAAACCUGGUGCAACACAUGGGAUCGUCUGGUGCACAGAAGCACGUAGCCAAGUCCCUCUUCCUCAUCGUCAUCGGAAGCAAUGAAAUCUUCACUUACUCCAGAUCCUCCGAUCUCCGGAAGCAGCAGACGCCGCAGCAAUACGUCGACCUCAUGGCUUCUUCGCUGAAGGAUCAGUUAAAGCGUCUCUACAGUAACGGCGCGCGCAAGUUCGUGUUCGCAGGGCUCCCGCCGAUCGGAUGCUGUCCGUUACAGAGGAACCAGAACAAAACGGACGGAUGCAAGGAGGAUACGAAUUCCUGGUCGCGCAUGUAUAACGAGGCACUCCUAGCGAUGGUGAAGGGAUUGAAGUCCGAACUCAACGAUAUAAGCUACAGUUACUUGGAUAUCUACAACGUCGUUCAAAAAUUCAUCCAGAAUCCAUCUGCUUAUGGUUUUACGGAGGUAAAAGAUGCCUGUUGCGGUCUCGUUAACCCAAUUGCAAUAAUUCCAUGCUUACCCAUUUCGCAGUACUGCUCCUACCGGCGAGACCAUGUGUUUUGGGAUCUUGUCCAUCCCACAGAAGAAACAAACCGCAUGUUCAUAGACAUAGCCUUCCAUGGUUCACCACAGUACACAUACCCAGUGGACGUCCAGCAACUGGCCACCGUUGAAACUUAAGCAAAACAAACAAUUCAAAUUGGAAGAAAAAUUUUCUUUUCAGACAGUAGGAUUACAUACAUGUUGUCAAUCGUCAAAAAGAGAUUCAGUGUUUGGGGAUACUUGGGUUAAUAAUAAUCGUUGCUUUUAAAGA